AUGAAUCGGAACGAGCGCUGCUUCGCGCUGUUGAUGCUCUGCGCCGUUCUCCUAACCGAUCAUCGUGCGGGCUCAGACCGAGACGCUCGUUUGUCCAGGAAAAAGCGAUACGUCGUUUUCCCGGAAGGAUCAACGUUCUCCAUCGCGCUUUGCCUCACGGUGCACACGCUGACGCCGGACGACAACAUUUUCACGGAGGGGGUGAACUGGGGUAUCUCGUACGACUUGCCUAACGAAAGCAAGCCGGCUCUCGAGCCUCUCCUGCAGCUCAGACACGACCAAGUCAAACCGAUGAAGAAGCACGGCUACCAGCCUGCCAGCCCGAUCAACAAGAACGUCGUCAAGUACACUGGAUGGGGCGGGAAUGAGAAGUAUUACGUGAAACCUGGCAAGAUGAAGUAUCGCAAGCCGGAUUACUACUACUUGCAACGCAGACAUCGCAGGGAGCUUUACAGUAAACUCGAGACCAUCAUGAACGCGAUGAACUUCGACGGGAGGACGUGCGUGCUCCGAGCUCUCUGCGAGGCCUCCCAGCGGCUGAUGCCUAAAGGAAACACUCUCAUCGAGGAGAUGAUGAGGAUAUCUUUCUCCUUCCCUUUGAAACGGCUGUUCGGCCACGAGCCGGAGGAGCAUCACGCGUACAGCAGGGCCCACAAAGCGGGCCAGCAGGGCCAAGACUGUGCCACGAUGUUCGCCGGAUGCAGUUUCUCCCUCAUCGACAUGGCCCUCGGGAAAUACGACGUGCCAGCCACGCAGAGACCUCUACUUCCGCCGGGAUUCGGCGACUCGGACGCAUCCUCCGACUGGACCAGGUACAACAUGAAAUAA